AUAGGCUCAAAUCGAUCGUUCUUUUCGUUUGGUUGGACUCGACUGCGUGAACUAACAACAUCAUGGGUGGCGAAGAUAAGCCAACUUUCAGGCAAAAAGUCCGCACAAAUUGGGCGGCCUUUCGCAUAUUCCUGUGGAAUUCGGAAAAGAGGGAGUUCCUUGGCAGAAAUGCGAAGAGUUGGGGUCAGAUUGGAAUUUUCUACCUGAUCCUCUACAUCUGCUUAGCCGGUUUCUGGGCCCUCAUGCUCUUCAUCUUUAUGCAGACAGUCAGCCCGGACCACCCCACCUAUAACUCGUACGUCAAUGUGCCGGGUGUAACGCUAAGACCCAAGUUCUAUAAGGGCGAUGUGGUGUUCAACCCCGAAGUGCCAGAGAGCUACAAAGACGAAAUAGAGGAUCUAAAGAAAAUCUGGAAUUCCUUGGCUCCUGAAAAUCAGACUGAUGAGGUCUACGUGGACUGCCUCAACGAUACUGCGCCCGACGGCAAGUUCUGUCGGUUUGACCGGGAGGUCCUCGGCCCCUGUCGACCCCCCAUGUUUGGCUGGGACGAGGGUUCACCUUGCCUGUUCAUCAGUUUGAACAGAGUUUCGGAAUGGAUUCCUGAGGACUACGAUGAGGACAGUGUCCCUGAUGUCAUCAAGGACGUCUAUGAGCCCGGAAACAUUGCGUUCCACUGCAUGGAUUAUAAAAACAAGUAUGAUUACUCCAACAACACCAUCUACCCGUCAGCUGGCAUCCCUUUCAAUUACUACCCGUUCGUCGGGACCACAGAUGAGGACAAGCGUGCCCACUACAUCCAGCCGUACGUCGCUGUCCAGUUUGACCUCAACGUGAUGGACAAGAAGAUCAAAGUCCAAUGUCGGGCAUACGCGGGGAACCUCUCGCCCCUGGGCGGCCUGUUUGACAUCGACUACGUCCCCGACGUUGUUUAUGAGUUCGUCCUGUCCACAAAGAGCAAAGAAGAAUUGUAAAUGAGGUCGUAGUUAGGAAUACAUUUUUUUCCUCUCUCUCCCAAAUGUCAAUACGUAUCUCUUUUUUAAACCUUUUGUCCCGGUUUAUGUAUAUGUUGGUAAGUCAGUGUGAGGAAUGCAUUUGACAACAAGGAUUUCGUGUGAGAUUCAAUUUUCACGAUCAAACGAGAGCUUCAGGUACUUGAUGAUGGAAUUCCAAGGAAAGAGGUCAAUCUAACGAGGCGUAAUUUGCGUGUGAUAUUCGGAACGCGCAAAAGAUAAUUCUCCAGUGUUCCAAUCGAAUGUCUAGCUUACACUAUCAAAAACAUGCACACUGAGAGUGAGGGAUGUUGCACCUCGGCCCGUGUAGCAUUUGGCAUUAAUUCAGUCAACAGUUCAUCACAUGGACCAGUCGUAGUACUAAAGAUUGACCGAUACAGUUUCUGGGUUGAAGACUGCCAAACCUGUUGCCGCAUUCCCGUGCCGCACUACUAUGUUCUUGGAUACCUUUCCUUUUAAAACAUCCUUUCCUUUUAUUCCUUCAUUUUUGUUUUGAAUUUUAAGUUGCACUGAACACUUUCUUUUCUAUAUGAAUUGUCAUGGUGAGUUAGUUUUCUUCUUUUUUUCCCCCUAGUUUUGUUUACUGCAGACUAUCGUACAAAUAGUGAGUGAUGCAUUACUUAGUCUUGUUGCACUAUAAGAAGAUUAGUUGACAAAAUCAUAGCGUCACAGUCACAUGUGGAGCGGACAAACUGCUGCCGUCCCAAAAGUCUUGGCCCUGAUGAACCCCUCUCCUUGAUUCACACAACAAAUCCCUUCAUUUGCAGUCGCUUCCCUGAUGUCACCCAGGGACUAUCGACCUGUUGUAAUAUGACUAUUCAUCCAUAGUAAUAUGACUGUGCAUCCGUUGUAUUAUGACUAUUCAUCCGUUGUAAUAUGACCAUUCAUCCAUAGUAAUAUGACUGUGCAUCCGUUGUAUUAUGACUAUUCACCCAUUGUAAUAUGACUGUUAAUCUGUUGUAAUAUGACUCUUCAUCCAUAGUGAUAUGACUGUGCAUCCGUUGUAUUAUGACUAUUCAUCCGUUGUAAUAUGACUGUUAAUCUGUUGUAAUAUAACUAUUCAUCCCUAGUGGUAUGACUUUGCAUCCGUUGUAUUAUGACUAUUCAUCUGUUGUAAUAUUUGCAGAUGUAGAUAGGCUAUAAAAGUAUUCUGCCCAAAUUGCAUUAUUUGCGCAUACGUGUAUAGUCAUCUACCACGAACUUUCUGCAAUAAAUUAACUCAAUUGUUUUUGUGUGGGUUUUUUCCCCGUCAAAUUCAGCACAAACCACAGCUCAUUGCUCAAGCAGGAAUCUGAUCCAAGUUUUGACUCCUUAACAAAAUUGAUAUUCUAUUUCUGUUUGUGCUUUUCACCCUCAGAAUUCUGCUCGAAUAAAAAUUGUCUGUCUACAUUAUUUCAGUAAUCAAAAUCAGUUGCAAUUAAUGCUCUUAUCACAUUGAAAAUGUUUUCAAAUUAAGAAAAAAAAUCCUUUCAACUCGGUCAGGCCUUUUGCAUGUAUUCUCUUGGACACCAUGUAUGCCAUCGCAUUCCUGUACCUCUGUCAUCAUACCUAGCGUGAUUCCUCACUUAAUAUUAACUACUGCCAUAAAGUGGUACAAACACUUCAGCUAUCAACAGAAAACUUUGAAGUUGUAAUUACAAUAUUUGACCAGUACUUCCUCGUAUUCUUUCCUGUGUAUUCUUCUUUGUGUUAUUAGAGUUGUGGAAAGACGUGUAUUGUCAGAAGAUUUUGAAAACAAAAUUGCUUAGGCUGAGAGUAUUUUGAAGAUGUAAAAUUGUGUAAAAUUUGUGUCAUUAUUAAAGAGUUGACUUUGUGAUUUUUUAUGGGUAAUUUAAUAACGUAGCAUUUUAGAUAGCGAGGUGACUUUAAUGCUUGUUUAGAGGCAGGCAUCGGUGGGUGGAAAUCUGCGGACAGUUGGUCACCGCAUAAAAGAACUGGCGUAGAACCAGCACAAUUAAAUAGCGACUUGUCCCGACAGGUUUGAACAAGGCCAAACCUGUUCCUGGUUGGCUUUUUCUGGCCAGUCGGUCAAUGCCUUGUUACAGUUUGUACUCCAAGUAAGCUGGUUUUGAUUAUGCAGUACUAGUUCAGCAUGCAGUUCCUUGAGAAACCUCCAACCACCCACCUGGCUCACGCCGGUACGUGGUAUUCAUAUGCCCUGACCUCCAAACAGCUUCACAGCAUGAAGAAAUAUGGCUUGAACAAGCUUGGCCCAGUUGGAACAGGCCAGAUCUAGCACUGAUGGGGAUGAGCAACCCCUGCACACCAGUGUAUCCAUGCUGCUUAGUCUGGUUGGAGAUUAACACUCAAAAUGCGGCUAGAACCAGUGUGAUCUAAGUGGAACUGGCUUAAUCUAGUUUGGGUUCCAUGUGCCCAACUGUAUUCACCAGUGAGAUGUUGUAUUCAGAGUACCGGUAACUCUAUUCCUCCCUUUGAUUGCUUACUACUUCUUGGCUUAUGUUUAGCUCUUAGCUUUCUUGUUUUAAAAAUUAGACUGUGACCUGUCACUGUUAAAAGUUGUUUGGAUGCAGUGUUGGACUCGUAAGAACCUGAAAUGUGUCGGCAUUUUUGGAUGCAGUUUAAACCAAACCCUUCUGACAGCAAUGGCUCACAAUUUAGAUAUAACAUUCAGGGAAUAGUAAAAAGUAAUAACGUAAAGGUUUACCGAAUCAUUAUCAAAGUUUCUUGCUCUAGACAUCUGUGAAUGUGUUGUGAUGAUUAUGUAUUUCAUGACGCAGCUUUUCCCCACAACAUGGGAGUAUUCAAUUAAAAAAAGAAGAAAGAUCUGGGAAAGUUGUCCAUACUGUUUCUCUAACGUAAAUAUUUAAAGAAAUGGGUCUAGCAGGCUGUACAAAAAAGCACAUUUUGAAAUCUGAAGUUAUAUCUGUCCCCAGAUCUUUCCAAUUCAUUUUCAACAACGUGAAAUUCCAGACAUAAAUAGGAGUUUGUGACUUGAUUUUUCCAAAAUGUCCAUUUCAACCCACAAACCAGUACUGAGUCAUGGAUCUUAAGGAACCAAUGUACAAUUUGUGUAUUCAGAUUCCAUUUGUAUGGGGAUACUCUGUUGAUUAUCUAGGUUUUAACAAGUUCUAAUUAAGUAGGUAAAGAAUUGUAUACUUGUAAUUAGAUGUUUUUUAAGGAAAAUGGGGACUAAGAUGCAACAAAGGAUGCAACAACUGAGGAUUCCUCAGCCAUCAUGCCACAGAAUAAAAUUCUGCUUUCCUUGUCAUUCUUUAAACAAGCAAGAUUCAGAACUGCACAUCCAAUCUCUCAUAAGCCCGGUGGAUGUACUGUUAAGUCGCAAGCAGAAGUCUGUGGGUUCUCCAAGCUUGCUGGAAUAAUCUAGUGGUGGUCUUUGCGGCCCCGGUCUUUGUCAAGCAGCGACAGUGUCAUAGUCAAGGCCGUCGUAAGUUUCAGUCUUUAGCCGAGUCACAGGCUUUUCAAGUGAACGGGGACAGAAACGGUCCUUUGUCGUUGUUCAUCCUACUACUAAGGACCAGUGUUGUGACUGGCUUUGUAAUGGACUCGACCACAACAGACCACUGGUGGCCCCAAAACCAUAAAAAUAGAUCAUACAAGCUGCAAAUCCUGGUUUGAACGGCUAUGAAACAAGGACAAAUUUGGAUUAAUCGAUCUUGACAUUGUAAUGAUGGAGAAUCUGCAAGAUCAAGCUCCAACAUAUAACUUAUGAAAAGCAAAGUAAAAAAUUCCAUUACAUGUAUUUAGUUCAGUGCCCCCCCCCUUUACAGUACCCUUCAGUUCCUGUAUCUCUCUUAUUGUAUUAUAAACUGCGAAGAAAGUUCUGAACUUUAGAGAGUUCUUUCCCCCUGUUUUUGUAGUCUGUGUGAUAUGUACUGAGGAUUACACUUUGAAGUAUUAAUGGAUGGCUUUGUGCGCCACACAGUUGACUUUGAUGUGCAGGAGAUUUUAAUAAAUAGUGGUUAAUUCCCCCUAACCAU